AUGGCCCGUUUCGUGGAUCCGCUGGUGGUGGGGAGGGUGAUCGGCGAGGUGGUGGACCUGUUCGUGCCUUCCAUCUCCAUGACCGCCGCCUACGGCGACAGGGACAUCAGCAACGGCUGCCUCGUCAGGCCUUCCGCCGCCGGGGACCCGCCCCUCGUCCGCAUCUCCGGCCGCCGCAACCACCUCUACACCCUGAUCAUGACGGACCCGGACGCGCCUAGCCCUAGCGACCCAUCCAUGAGGGAGUACCUCCACUGGAUCGUGGUUAAUAUACCGGGGGGAACGGAUGCCUUUAAAGGGGAAGCGAUGGUGGAGUACAUGGGGCCUCGGCCGCCGGUGGGGAUCCAUCGGUACGUGCUGGUGCUGUUCGAGCAGAAGGCGAGGUUCGUGGACGGCGCCAUGAUGCCGCCGGCGGGGAGGGCCAACUUCAACACGAGGGCCUUCGCGGCGCACCACCAGCUCGGCCUCCCCACCGCCGUCGUCUACUUCAACUCCCAGAGGGAGCCCGCCAACCGCCGCCGCUAG